AUGACGGUUAUAAGGCUGUUGAAUAAAUUCUCAACUCCAAAAGUUUUCGCAAGGUUUUUGACCUUCCAAACCCUUUCUACACCCAAUGAGAAUGCGUUGAAGUUUGUGUCGCCUACAAAAAUAGUCCCUAUGGAAAACAAGACGUUUGAGUUCACUUCUUCACUUCAAGCUGUUCAUUCUCCUUUGGCGUUAAAAUUGUUCAAACUUCCAGGUGUAAGGUCGGUGAUGUUGGGCCCGGACUUUCUUACCGUGAAUAAGCAAGAUCAUGUAAACUGGGCUCAUUUGAGGCCGGAAGUGCUGUCGUUGCUCGAUAAGUUUUUGACAGAAAAACAAGAACCAGUCAUCACAAAAGAGUUGAUAGAAGCCACUGAAAAGGAAGCUGCUGAAGCGGAUGCAGAUGACCUGGAAAUUGUGAGCAUGAUUAAAGAAUUGAUAGAAACGAGAAUAAGACCUGCUAUUCAGGAUGAUGGUGGAGAUAUCGAGUAUAAAGCAUUUGAUGAAGAAACAGGAACUGUUUUUUUGAAGCUUCAAGGUGCAUGCAAGUCUUGCUCCGCGAGCGAAGAUACCCUUAAGCAUGGCAUAGAAUCGAUGUUGAAACAUUAUGUUGAAGAAGUACAGGAAGUGGAGCAGAUAUUGGAUCCCGAAGAAGAGAUCGCCUUGAAAGAAUUUGAGCGUCUCGAACAGAAUCUCAAGUCCAAGAAGAAUGCUGAAGCUCUGCCUCCACCUUCCUUAUGA